CAACCUCUCGACCUCGAAGGCGAAGUCGGAGUUCGCGUACUUGGAAGCACCGCACAGCAGCAGCAGCAGCAAUGGAGGGCGAGAAGUUGUGGAGGAUCUUGACGGCGAUGGUGGUGCUGUUGCUGGCGACCGCAUCGCACCACCGCCGCGCCCGCGCCUUCCAGUCCGACGAGCUCGUGGUCGAGCAGGACGACGAUCUGGGGGCGAUCGGUGGAGGAGGAGGAGGAGGAGGAGGAGGAGCGGGAGGAGGGGGAGGGGCCGGGGGCGGAGGGGUCGGGGUCGGGGUCGAUCCGCUCUCGCCGGCCCGGUCCCGGAAGAGGUACUCCGAUCACCACGCCGCCGAGUCCGACUCGAAGGUCCAGUUCCCCCUCGAGCACGCCUUCGGCGACUCCGAUUUCUCCCCCGCCGGCGUUUUCUCCGCUCGCCUCAAGACCUGGUCCCACGGCCCCCAGACUCUCACCAAGCUGCGGUUCUCGAGGAAUGCUCUCACCGAAGUCGACAAGGAGAAGUUCCAGAAAUUGCUGCAAGAAGACGACUUUUAUAGGAUAAGACUGCCGUCCAACGUUCUGAGUCCUCCUGGGAGGGACUACAUCGUUUCUUCCAUCAAAGCGAGAUGUCUUCCACGUGAUGGUCUGGAUGAGCAUUUUGUGAUACAUAUGGAUGGUGUUAACAUCUUGGCUGUUAAUUAUGGUCCUCCUGGGGCAUGCCCUUAUCCUCGCCAGCUGAAACUACCAGCGAAGUGGUCGUUCAAUUCGCAUACUAUUUUAAAGAACAGUGAUCUGGCACCAAGGACUCCAGUAUUCGUGGAAGAGAUAUCCCUUGGAGAGAACGGAGAGGCUGAAGUUGUGAAGCCACCGGAAAGAUCAUUUUGGGCCAAAUAUUGGAUGUACGCGAUCCCUCUCGGACUUGUAGUCAUGAACGCCGUAACACAGGCGAUGAAUAUGCCUCCUGAGGAGCAGGCGGGUGGCCAGUCAGCAUCCCAACCACAACAGGGUGCAGCCGGAGCUCAGCGUGGUCCAACAGCCGUGAGAAGAAGAUGAAAGAUGGAUUCACGGGGGAUUUUAGAUUUCGUUCUCGAAUAGAUUUCUUUGCAGAAUUGGGGAUGUCAAGAUGGCUCGACCACUUCAUCACCCGUCGUAAAACACGUCAUAGAGCGGGUUGCUGAGCCGAAAGUAAAAAGACUCAUGCACUGUCAGCAGGCUUGCCUAGAUACAUUAUUCAUAUCUUGAUGGCACGGUGGAUAUGGGACAAUGGUUGAACCCUAUACUUGUUUUCUGUUCCUACCUGGGGAAAUCAAACGAUAGCGUAUUGAUAGUCCAUUUGUUUCCCGAAUUAA